AUGCGCAACAACCUGCAAGAGCAGCUCCGUUGGCUGGGGAGCUGCCAGAGCUGGGCUGAUGCCUUUGGCAGUCGUCUCAGCGUGGAGGCCCUGAACCAGCCUGCGAAGAUCAGCGCAGAAGAGGUUAGCCAUUUGAGCAUUGAGAAGGACUGGGUUCCACUUUGGCGCCGCGCUGCCGAGGGGCGCCUGCACGGUGGGGAUGUGGAGGUGCCAGCGCGUGCGGCGCGAGAGCGAGAGCGGCAGCGGCCGAGCGCCGAGGGCGCCUUCUCGGGUGCGGUGUGGGGCGCAGAUGGAGCGCCGAGGCAGAUGCAACGGCAGAUGCCACCAGCGCAGCAACAGAUGCCGGCGCAACAGAUGGCGCAGGGGCAGCAAAUGCCACAGGGGCAGCAGAUGCAGCAGGGGCAACAGCUGCCGCAGGGGCAGCAGAUGCCGCCGAUGGGACCACAGACAGAACCGCCAAUGCCGAUGCCCUUGCAGAACUCCGAAGUUGGCCCUGGGGCAUGGCAGGCGCCGCCUCCCGUUGCGCCAGAGCAACGAGCGCCCAGCAGCAACUGGGCACAGGGCUUUGAGUGGGAUGGCCCUGUGGCCGCAGCCCUGCAGCGCUUCGGAGUGCCUGGCUUCCGCCCGCAACAGCGGGAGGCCAUCAACGCCUGUCUGGCCGGAAAGGACGUCUUCGUGCGCAUGCCCACUGGAGGAGGCAAGAGUUUGGUGUACCAAGUGCCGGCCGUGGUGCAGCCGCUGGUGGUGGUCAUCAGCCCCCUGGUGUCGCUGAUCCAGGAUCAGGUGCAGGAGCUGAAGGAGAUCGGCGUUGAAGUCUCUGCUAUCAGAUCCCGCUCGGACGAGUCUGGAGAAGACGUCCGCAUGGUCACGAGGAGAAUGCUGGCCGACGAGCUGCAGAUCGUCUACGUGACUCCAGAGAUGAUCCACCAGAGCUCGAUCUUUCAAAAGGCACUGAGAAGCCUCUACACAUCAAAGCGCUUGCGGAGGUUUGUGAUCGAUGAGGCGCACUGCCUGAGCAUCUGGGGCAACGAGUUCCGAGAAAGCUACCUUCAGCUGAAGAAUCUCAAAGCGUCCUUCCCGGAAGUGCCGAUCUUGGCCUGCAGUGCCACUGCCACAGAGGAGAUCAUCUCCGGUGUGCUGACGCAGCUCAACAUGCAGGACCCCGCUGUCUUCGUGUCGCCCGUGGAUCGGCCCAACCUUGAAUUCAAGGUACAGCCAAAGAGCAAGAAGUCGGUGACCAAGGAGAUUGGCGACUUGAUCCGUGCCAAGUUUUCAGGCCAGUCUGGCAUCAUCUACUGCCUCAGCAGACAAAACUGUGACGACGUGCAGCAAGAGCUAGCGAGCAUGCAGAUUCGUGCGGAGGUCUACCACGCGCAGGUGGCCCUGCAUCAGAGGUCUGCCGUGCAGCAAAGAUGGAAGUCUGGGGAGACGCCCAUCAUCGUGGCAACCAUUGCCUUCGGCAUGGGCGUCAACAAACGGGACGUGCGCUUUGUCAUCCACCACUCCUUCCCAAAGUCUUUGGAAGGCUACUACCAAGAAGCCGGGCGAGCCGGGCGCGAUGGCUGUCAUGCAACCUGCACUAUAUUCUACGACUACGAGGACAAGAAGCGCCAUCAGAAUCUGGCACAGAAUGACAUGAACCAGGACAAGUCCCUUCAGCGGCUGCUGCAGAUGGUGGGCUACUGUGAGGCCCUGGGCGCCUGCCGCCGCGCCUUCAUCGCCGGCUACUUCGGGGAUGUGAACGCCACCUGCGGCGUGCACCAGGCCCCUUGCGAUGUGUGCCGAGCGGCACAAAGAGGCCAGGUCUUGCAGCAGCAGGAGGUCACGCAGGAGGCCCAGGUGGCGCUUCAGCUGCUGCGGGCGGCGCGCGCGGUGACGGCUCGCGGGCGCCUGGCGGUGACGCUGCACUCGGUUAAGGAGGCGCUGCUGGGAUCCAAGGCCCAGCGCAUGGCGCAGUGGCAGGCGCUGCCGGGCUUCGGCGCUUUGAAAGGCAGCUGGGGGGAAGGGGACACGCUGCGGCUGCUGCGGAAGCUGGUGGUGGAUUCGGUGCUAGCGGAGGAGGUGAUGACCCCGGGGGGCGCCUCUGGCAACGUCACGGUGGCGUAUUUGGUGGAGGGCCGCCAUGGGGAGGCGUUGCUACAGAACCAAAUGGCUGUGCACCUUUACCGGGAGCCCGACAGGAAGCGCAAGGCGCGACACUCUCCGGAGGCCGGCCCCACGCCGGGCAACCGGAACCGGGCGGCGCCCAAGCGGAGGACUGUCCGAGCCCGUGCGUUAGAGGAUGGCCGCAGCCAGCACGGCAUGGCGAAUCCGAAUGCGCAGUGCAGCCAAAACCCACAGAGUCAGCAGCUCAACCAGUUCCAGAGCCAACCUCUGCCGCAAGUCAACGUAUUCCAACCCAAUGCCCAAGGACAGUCACAUGUGCCGCAACCACCCCAUUUCAACCAGCAGUUCGCACACUCGCAGGCACUGCAGCAAUGCAACCAGCCUUUCCAACAAAAUGCGUUUGCGCAACAGCCACAGGGCUUUGGGCAACCUUGCCAGCAGUUUGACCAGCUCCCCAACUCAGGGCAAGCACAUGCACAGCAAGGCAGCAUGAAACUCCAGCAACCAAAUGGCGGUCAGCAGCAUCACCGGCACGUGGUGCAGCAAUUUGAGCAGUUUCAGAGCCCUGGGCAAUGCAGCAUGCCGUUCCAGCAACCAAUGGGCAAUCAGCCGCAGCCGUUCCGGCAGCCAAACGACUCUCAGCCACAACAAUGCAACAUGCCGCUGCAACAAUCAAUUCACUCUCAGCCACAGCAAUGCAACAUGCCGUUCCACCGACCAAUUGACCUUCAGCCACAACAAAGCAACAUGCUGUUCCAGCAAGCAAUUGACUCUCAGCCACAACAAUGCAACAUGCCGUUCCAACAACCAAUCGACUCUCAGCCACAACAAAGCACCAUGCCGUUCCAGCAACCAAACGACUCUCCGCCACAAGAAUGCAACAUGCCGUUCCGGCAACCAAUGGACUCUCAGCCACAACAAUGCAACAUGCCGUUCCAGCAACCAAACGACUCUCAGCAGCAGCGGCAGCAUGUGCUGCAGCAACUUGAGCAGUUCCAGUACCGUGGACAACCACCGGCACAGAAAGGCAGCAUGCCAUUCCAACAACCAGACGACUCUCAGCAACGGCAGCAUGUGGUGCAGCAACUUGAGCAGUUUCAAUACCGUGAGCAAACACCAGCACAGAACGGCAGCAUGCCGUUCCAGCAACCAAACGACGGGCAGCAGCAAGAACAUGUGGUGCAGCAAUUUCAUCAGUUUCAGAGCCCUGGGCACACACCGGCAAGGCAAUGCAGCACGCCGUUCCAACAACCAAAACACUUUCAGCAGCAGCGGCAGGAUGGUGUGCAGCAACUUGAGCAGUCUCAGAGCCGUGUGCAAGCACCGGCACUACAAUGCAACAUACCGUUCCAGCAAUCAAACAACUCUCAGCAGCAGCCGCAUCAUGUAGCGCAGCAAACUCAGCAGCAGUUUGAGUGCCCUGGGCAAGCACAGGCACAACAAUGCAAUUUGACGUUGCCGCAACCAUUUGCGCUUGGACAGCAGCAGCCGACUUCGUUUGAACAGCUCCAGCAAUUUGAUCAGCAGUUUCAGAGUACUGGAGAAACACUAGGGCAGGGUUCCGCCCAACCAGCCCAACAGCCCAAUGUGUUUGGACAGCAGCCGCCCAAUGUGUUGGAGCAGCCCCAGCAAUUCAUCCAGCAGCAACAUCUUCAGCAGCAAUGCAACCAGGCAUUCCAGCAGGCAAAUGAGCGGCAGCAUUUGGUCGGGCCACCUCCGCAAGUACAGUUCCAAAGCCCUGGGCAAGCGGCACAGACAUGUGGCCAGUUUCCAGAAACCCAAGUGGAGCUUAGGCUGCAACAGGUGAACCCAGCUCAAUGGGAGCCGCAGGCAACAGCGCAGAGGCCUGACCAAAGAUGUCAGGCCGCUGAAGUGGCGCGGUAUCCUCUGGCCCGCGCGCACAGCCAAGGCCGCGUGCAAGACGCGACCUUUGGCACAUAG